AUGCCGAAGCUGAGCCAGGACAGGCCAUCCACGAGUCCAAUCAAGCUGUUUCGCGGCCUUGAUACCGAAGGUGGUAUCCUGACGGAUUCAGACGCCAUACCGGAUGCGACACCUGACCAGUUGUCGUCUACGACUAUUCGUGAAAAGGUCAUUCCUGUCUCAGAGCUCAUCGAAUGUGAUCUCCCAGCACGUGAAGCCACUAUGAUGCUGUUCACCACCUUCAUUGACUCGGUACAUUGGUUUAUGAUGGUAUUCCAUGAACCUACACUCCGUGUCGAACUGGACAAUGUGCUCAGGACCGGGAGCAUUGGCGAGCACAGACUGUCGACAUUGAUUCUGAUCCUGGUAAUCCUUCUCAUUGCCACUAAAUAUACCAGAGAGGAAGAGGCCUCCCUCUUCUUGCGGGCAGGAGUAAAUCUACAGCUCUUACAAUCACGACUACUGCGCAUAGUCGAGUGGAAGUUUCUUGCAGUCCUCGAUCAGGACGACAUCGGAGCUCUUCAAGUUUGUGUGCUCCUCAGCUCCUUCUACUUCUACCAUGGGAGCCCAAAUAGAUGCCUGGCAAUGAACAGCGCAGCUAUCAGGAUAGCCCAGAAAAUGAAAAUCCAUCAGGAGAGUGACUGGCCGUCACACAUUGACAAGGUGGAAAGAGAGGUUCGGCGGCGUGUUUGGUGGGCUUUAUAUGUAGUUGAUGGAUACGGUGCCAUGACUUACGGCACGACCAAUAUUCUGCAAAGUACGAAAUGCCAGGUCAACUUGCCGGAGAAUAUCGAUGAUACAUUAGACAGCUGCCCGGGCUUCAACUCUUGUGAACAGACCGCAGACGGCUCUUCAUGUGCGGUGACAACGCUUUCAUACCAACGCUUCAAAUUCCGACUUUAUCGCAUCGCAGAACCCAUCAUGGGAGAAAUUUACUUUCACAAUGGGCAGCCUGUGCAUACACUUGUAAAGCGCGUCCAACAGAUCAACCAGCAAUUGCUCGAGUGGGAGGCAAGCGUGCCACCGGAAUUGCGACCGAAGUUGUUAGUUUCCAGCGGCCACCAAACCGACAAGAGGACCAAUCCAGUCACUAAGAUCUUUCAAUUACAAGCCCUUGCCCUGCAGUUAUCGUAUGACAAUAUCCAAUUGAUUUUACACCGACCACUUCUCGUUUACAACGGCGUGCUCCUGCUGGGCCCUCGCCCUAACACAGCGCAACCGUUGCGAGAAGCACACCUCGAUCAAGAUGCAAAUUUCUGGGGUGUGAGCAAAGAUUUGUGCUGGAAAUCUGCAUUGCGCACAGCCUGUAUCGACGAGUAUCCGUCCAUACUGAAACAGGUCCGGAAUUUCCACGCGGCCAGUUACGCAGGUAUUCAAACAUUCACGGCCGGAGUCAUGCUGGGCAUCUUUGCUCUUUCCAAGCCAUUUUCUAGCCAGGCCCAAGAGGCGAAGCGUGCCAUUGGCCGCCUCAUAAAGACGCCCAAGCUCUUAGGGUAUCAAACGACCAUAUCAGACCAGACUGGACGCAUCCUAGAACGAUUACUUCGCCUUGUCCUUGGCGAAGAACUAAAAUUGCUCACGUCCGACGAAAGCACACCUUCGACGGGGAUUGCUCAGCCGAACAGUCAAGCUUUACGCCACUCAGGCGCUGAUACUUCCCGUUCAAAUACGCAGGAAACAUUCCAUCAUGACGGCAAUACGCUAGGGGACAGUCUAGACAUUUUUGGCACUUCGACCAUCAUGGAAGAUUAUUGUCAAUCAGCCACAUCCAACAGCAAUUCUCUCCCAAAGUCUGUCUGCCAUCCCGAUUACCAACCGCAAGCCGGUCAGUCGAACGAUGGCGCGAUAGAAACGCAGGAACUGAACAGUAGACUUGACGAUAGUAACGACCCGGCCAAUAUGGACUUGUGCAGAAUUGGUGAAAAUCUUGAGAUGCCUUGGUCAAUUUCAGAUCCAGCCGCUAAUGGGGCUUCCUUUUUCGACAGCAGCUUCCUCGGUGACUUGGGUGAUCUCGGUCAAGCUUGGAUGUGGGAUGAAUCCUUUCAAUUUUCUUAA